CCUCUAAGGUCUGCAUUCGAUAACUGCCAGCACCCUAAAUGGCAGGACGGCCAUGACAAACCACAAAGGAGCUGAGGCAUCAUCCACCACAUCCGCGCCGGCUUCUGACGGCUCCCCUUAUGUCCGGCUGCAUGUCACCCCGCUAGACGCCGACCUGCUUAAACUCGCCCUAUCAUCGACCCUGCUCCCCAAGGCUCGCAACAUUUCCUACCACGUGCUCGAGACCUUCCCGGAGAAACGGUACGGCUUUUUGGAGCUGCCUCACGAGGACGCAGAAAAACUAAGCAAAAAACUCAACGGAUCGGUGUUGAAAGGCGUCAAAAUCCGCAUUGAGCGCGCAAGACCGCCCUGUCUUGCCAUUCCACUCGGCCCAGCUGCAAUGGCCAAAGAAAAGAUACCCAAGAGCAAGGUCGACGACACGCUCCCGCCAAAGGACAAGAGAAAGAAGAGGAAGCGUGAUGCCGAGGAACUCAGCGGUAUAGUUUUGGAAGACGACCGAAAAAUCAAGCGCGGAUGGACCAGCGCCGACGAGCCCAAGGAGAGGAGGUCUAAAAAAGACAAAGAUAAAGCCGGAAAAGAGAGGAAGAAGCGCACAAAAUCGAAAUAUACCGACCAUGCCGAGUGUUUAGUCAAGACCGUUUUGCCCGCAAAUGCCACGCCGUUGGCCGACACACACCAGUCCACCCCGACGAAAAAGAAGGGCAAGUCACGGGAGGUGGUCAUUCACGAGUUUGAGAAGACUACCAAGUUCCCGACUUUCCUCAAAGCGGCAGCGCCCACCGGCCAGUCAACUGCGCCCCUGGAGUUUGUAGACGGCAAGGGUUGGGUGAACGAGGAUGGGGAAGUGGUAGAAUCCGUGCGGACCAGGCCGCCUCCGAAAGCCAAAAUCUUGCUUCCAAGCAAACCCAAAGUCAAGGCCCAGGAGACGAAACCGGACGAGGAGACUACAACAGACUCUAGUGACGAGGAAUCCGAUGAGGAAAGCGAGCCGGAAAACCCAAGUGCUGCUGGGGACAGCGAACCAGUUUCCGGGCCUGCAGAGGCGGAUGACCCUCCUUCACCGCCGUCCAAACCCGAUCAGUCGCGGCCCAGGUCGUCUGGUUCAACCCGCAGUUUAUCGAUCAAAAUCCCGCCAGCAACCCCAAACGAGCCCAAGGUGCACCCACUAGAAGCCUUGUACAAACGCGCCAAGCAAGACGGCGGAACCCCCAAGGCAGACGCAGGUGGUCAAAGUUUCAGCUUCUUUGCUGGCGCCAACGACGAAAGCGCGGGAGAAGAGGUGGAUGUUGAUGCCGACGAAGCUCCGGGUGUUCAAGUGCCAUUGACUCCUUACACCCGCCACGACCUUGAAUUGCGCGGCAUCCGAAGUGCCGCACCCACCCCUGACACGGCACAUCCCAAACGGAGGUUCACGCCGUGGGAAGGCGAGGACGAUAAUGAGGAGCAAGAUGAAGAGGGGACGGAGGAGGGGGCCGGGGACCGCGAUGAUCAGAUUGCGCCGAGCAGCCCAACAACCCAGGGCGGGGAGGGUGAUGGGAAGCCGGCUAGCGACUUCCAGAAUUGGUUCUGGAAGAACCGCGGAGACCUCAAUCGGUCAUGGAAGAAGCGGAGAAAGGUUGCGGGCAAGGAAAAAAGAUACAGAGAGAAUAAGGCUCGCAUGGCCCGAGCAAUCUAGUCACCGCCGACUCGCCGAGACCAACAUAUACCGAACCUGACCGCCAAGACCGGUGAGUUCCGGUAGAUGGCACCCGUCACCUAGGGGUUGUGGUCAUCUGAGUAUCGGGCAGCCUUUGACACCGAGGCAAACGUUCGAUACUCGGCAGAUUAGUACAAAAGCCUGGUGGCCAGGAAUUAUGGCUCUCACAUUUCAAGACCCUUCAACUUCCCUGAUCUCCACAUCCCUAAUCAGC